UAUUGCAAAGUAAAAAAAAUCCUUUACGUCAAGUGAUGAUAUGAAAACGUACAUAAUUAUAAAAAUGAUUGUAUCAUUACGUACAUCUUAUAUAGAUAACUGUGUUAUGUAGUUUAAAAGAUUUGUUGUUUAUAUUUAACGGAACAACUAAUAAGUUGACACUUAUUUAAAUUAAUCAAUUCUAAAUAAUAACCAUCAGACAUCAAAAUGAUUACGGAUGAAAAAUUAUUUUUUACCAAGACAGUUCAACAUUUAGCAAGAUCUUUAGCAGGAAUUAAUCCUACACCUUGGGAAAAGGUAAAUCGACUUUUUAAACUAUGUCCCCAAGAAUCAGCUCAAGGAGUAUUUCGUAUGGAUCAACGAGGUCAAGAUGCAAUUAUUGCUCUUGGCAUAUAUUUUUUGGAAUCUGGACUUCAACAUCGUGAUCGCAUUUUGCCUUAUUUACUGCGACUACUUAGAGGAUUACCUAAAGUAGUAUGGUUAGAUGAAAUUAGAGUGACUCCUGCAGAAAGAAUACCCGUUGCUGAAAGAUUUAGCUUUUGUUUAAACACACUAUUAAGUGAUGUUGCUGCAAGAUGUGAUACAGUCUGUGAAGAGAUCAUUUCUAAUCAAGUAGAAUUAUUAGCAGUAAUAACUAACCUUGUUCGUGGAUCUAAAGAGCAAAAUGGAGCACGAACUUUACAAGCUAAAAUAUCACUCUGCAAGUGUCUUGUUCCAAUUCUAAUAGGAUUGGCACGAGCAAUGGGACGGUUUGCAUGUGUAGAUCCACCAUUGCUUUGUCGAAUUUUUCCUCCACGAGAACCACCGAUUAAAAUUUCUUGCAACGAACCACCACCAAAUAAGAGACAUUUGAGUUUUUCUAAUUUUCGUCCAAUCAUUCCACGUUCUCUGAGUGGAAAUUUGAAUCCUCAUGUUACUAUUGAUAGCGCACAAUCAACAUUUUCAACAAUUGAUGACUAUCAUGCUGGAAAAAGACCAUCGUUUCAAUCCUAUUUAUCUAUUCCAUAUGAUCCAUCAACUUAUUUUUUUACUCGUUAUGGAUCUAGUUUCAAUCAAUUUCCUCAAAUGCGAUGUAAUGAAAGUCCUGAAAAAAGAACUGGAUUGUUGUUUGGUAUUGUACAUUUGCAAAGUGUUUUAGCAUUAGCAAAAAAGCUUUUAACCAAAGAUAUGCUCAAAUUUCUUGAUGAAGAAGCUCAGCAGAUAUAUUUUUCUGGUCAAGUAUUAAUAUUUCCAUAUCGCUCAUUCAGUGAGACGAUGAAUUUAGUUAUGGUGGCAUUAUUACGUGAAUUAUUACAAAAUCAACGAGAUUUACCUGCACCUUUUACGAAAGACGUUCAGGAAUUCGUUAAAGGUUUAUUUCUCUCAGGACAAACGGAAUUGCAAUCUCGUCAGCAUGAUGCUAGUGAACGAGAAGACGCAGAUACAAAUUUUAAAACAGUCAAUAGAUUCAAAGUUAAUGUUAUGGCUAACUCGGCAUGCGUGGACCUCUUGGUUUGGGCUAUUGGAGAUGAAACUGGUGCAGAUAGCCUUUGUAGCAGAUUGACAGAAAAAAUAAAUUCGAAUCACGGACCAACAUUAGUUUUAGCUCACAUGCCUUUAUUGAUGGUUUGCUUGGAAGGUCUUGGAAAACUCGCCCAAAAAUUUCCCAACAUUGCUAUUACUUCAACAUACAAUCUUCGAGAUUUUUUAAUGAAUCCAUCACCAAUUCUUGUUAAAUUACAUCUUCAAUUCAGUGAAAAAUUAGAUAGAAAUAAUCAAUUUCGAGCAAUCGUUGAUGGAAAAGAGAUAGAGCCAAAACAAGCAGUUUCACCAUCUAAAUCUGCUUUUGAGAAACUAAGAGAUGCAGCAAUCGGCAAUCUUUGUAUCGCUUUGGAAGCAGCACAACCUGUUUAUCCUAAUUGUGUUCCUGCGUUAGUUAGCAGUGCAUCAACACGUCUUUGCAGUCUAGAAAGAAAUGAAAAUGUUGAAAAAUCAGAACGAUUAACUAAUCAACUCGUAGCAGAAAAUAUUAUGAUUAUGCUUGGUCAUGUUGCCGUUGCUCUGAAGGAUACUCCAAAAACUACAAGUAGCAUUUUAUCUUUUUUUGAACAAAGUUUUUGCAGAGAUCCAAGUUCUUUAGAUUUGUUGAUAGUCGAUCAACUUGGAUGUAUGAUAAUAGCAAAGUGUGAAGCUCGCGGAGAAAUAAUGCAAAUGUUUUCAGUGUCUCUAGAAUCUAGUUGUGCUGCUUAUGCUACGAAUGUUGAUAGGAAACAAUACAGGCAUGUAACAGGAGCAGUGACAAAUGCUUUAGCUAAUAUAGCCGCUAAUUUACAAGGAGAAGAUGAGUUGGAUAAACUUCUACUUCGCCUUUUGCAAUUGUUUGUAUCAAUGGGUCUUGAAGGCAAAAGACAGAGUGAAAAAAUCGCAAGUUCUACUGCUGUUGCAACUUCAACUGCGAUUGCUUCAAUGUCCACAAUAACUAAAAGUUCAAAUGUGGCUGGAAACCUCGGUGCUUUGAUCCCAGUUAUUGCUAUUUUAGUAAGAAGAUUACCACCAAUAAGACAACCUAGCACUCGAAUGCUUAAAUUAUUUAAAGAUUUUUGGUUAUACUGUGUUGUUUUCGGAUUUGUGCCUAUUGAACCAAGUUCUGCAAGAAUCUGGCCAUCAGAAUGGUAUGAAGGAGUAAAAGAAAUAUCUAUUAAAUCACCAUUUUUGAUUUCUCAAACUAAUGCUAAACUCGAAAUGCGUGAAUUGCAAUACACUUCUGCUGUUCGCAAUGAAAGUGUAUCGAUAAGUGAACUUCAAGAACUUCGUAAUCAAAUUUUGAGAAUGAGUAUUCGAUCAAGUGAUGUUGUAACUUACGUUUCAAAAAUGCAAUUUGCUCAGAUUACUUAUUUAUUAUCAGUUUAUUGGGUAGAAACUUUAAGAGUUGAAAAUAGCUCUGAACCAAGUUUACAACCAAUCAUGGAGUAUUUAAGUGAUCCAGAUUUGCAAAAAGAUAAAAGUGGAAUGUGGCAAUGUAUUUGUAGUGUUGGAGAUUCAGUUUUUGCUAAAUUUAAAGAUGUUAUGUUGAAAAAACCUAAAGACGAAAAGAGAGAACGAGAACUUGAAAGUCAUGCACAGUUCCUUUUAGUCAAUUUUAAUCAUGUUCAUAAACAAAUUCGUAGAGUAGCAGAUAAAUAUUUAAGUGCACUUGUUGAUGCAUUUCCUCAUCUUUUAUGGAAUUGUCGAGUACUAUGGAGUAUGCUAGAUAUUUUACAAGUCUUAGCAUUUUCUCUUCAACUUGAUCCUAAUGAAGAAACUCCUAAUCUUCAUAUUCCCGGGACACCUUAUAGUAUUCACUUGAUGGAUUCUCUUGAAGCAAGAGCCAAAAUUGUUGAUGAUUUUGCAGCAAGGUGUAAAGAAAUAAUUCAAGAAGCGAUGAAAUGGGCACCUCAUGCUGUUAGAUCUCAUCUUCAAGAAUACAUCAAUCAAAUUCCUUCAUCAGGAAUGUGGCAUCAUACUGGCUUGGCUUUAGCAACUGACUCUGUUCUCGAAUUCAUCGACUUAGCAACGCCUAAUUCAGGAUCAAUGAAUACAAAUUCUCUUGACAAACGUAGAGAACAUAAAGGUGCGAGCUCCUGGCUUCUUUCAAUGAUGUCAAGACGAUCUUGGUAUGCUGGAGAAGUCACCGGUAUGUUAGCUUUAGCUCGAGCUGAAUCUCCUAGUACAGAAACAAGAGCAGAAGAAGGUAGAAAUAUUGUUGUUGAUCGAGUGAUAGCUGCAGUUCAUCAUGCCUGCAAAAGUAAAAAUGACAGUCUUCAUCAAGGGGCACUGUGGCGAGCUACAGCUCUUCUUAUUUCUAUGCCGGGACUUCAUAGAAGACUUCUGCAUGUCGUUGCUGGAUCUCAAAUCGAUCUUUUCACUAAUUCAGCCAUGUUAACAGCAGUAGAAUGUUGGCAGUGGAUUUUAACAGCUCGUCCAGAUUUAAAAUUGAGAUUUUUACAAGAAAUGCUCUCUGCUUGGCAAUAUACUGUAGACAAAAGAAUGGGUUUAUUUUCCCCAGAGCAAGAAGAAGUGAAUCCUCUAGCAGUUUAUGAAGGCUGUGAAUUAGGACCUAAUCCUCCUUAUGUUAAACCACAUGAGAUUUGGGUAACUUUCAUCAUCGAAUUAAUAGAAACUGCUAAAUACUGUUGUCAAGAAACUGUAGAAAUGAUUGCUAUGCUUUUACAUCGAUCUUUGCCGAUGACAGUCGGUGCAUCUGGAGGAGGACCAAGUUUGAAUAGACACAUAGCAGCCGUUGGAGCAAGAUUUAAAUUACUUAGCUGUGGUUUAUUUCUUCUUCAAGGCGAAACCCUAGCUAAAUCUCUCAGUAAAAAUGUUCUAAGAGAAAGAGUUUACUAUAAUUGUCUAGAUUAUUUCUGCAGAGAGCGUCAGACUCCUACUCAAGAACCUGAACAGUUGCGUGAAGAUAUCAUAACAUUAAUGCGUUUUUGGCAAGUAAUGCACAGUGAUAAAAAAUAUUUGAUGAUGACUGGAGAAGGUGAUUUAGAAAUGCUCAUUGAACAGCAAACAAAUUUAGUGUCUAUUGAACCUGCAACAUCUAUGAAUUCUUUAGCACCAAGUUCACGAGAAUUAGUUAAACAACCAGCCUCAGGAUGGAUUAAUACAGUUCCUUUAUCAACCAGCAGUAAUGCACUAGGAAAAAGAAGUAAUAGAAGUAAAAGAAUUCUUCAUAGCAACGUUUUGGUAAAAAAUUAUAUCAAAAAACGUAAUUUAAUUCUUGAACUUCUAGCGGUUGAAAUUGAAUUAUUACUUGUCUGGCACAACCCUGGUGGUAGAUCAGACUUAAAUAUGCCAACAGAAGCUUCCAUUGCUGAAUGGAGAGCCAAGGCUAUGAAUGAACGCUGGCGUGAUUGUACACGUCUUGCAUGGGAUAUUAGUCCAGUCUUAGCAGUUUUCUUACCCGUAAGACUUAAAAAUUCUGAUACAAUUAUCAAGGAAGUUUGUAGAUUAGUGAGAUUAAAGCCUGUGCCAGUGAUGCAUGUUCCUGAAGCGCUUCAGUAUCUUGUAACAACUGAUUCUUUGCUAAAUGAUGCUCCGGAAUUGGUUUAUAUGUUAACUUGGGCUAGAGUUUCACCUAUUCAAGCUCUAGCUUAUUUUUCUCGACAAUUUCCUCAUCAUCCAAUUUCUGCUCAGUAUGCAGUACGAGUUCUAGGUAGUUAUCCAGCUGACGCAGUGCUAUUUUACAUUCCUCAAUUGGUUCAAGCUGUAAGACAUGAUACUAUGGGUUAUGCGGUUGAAUUUAUUAAGUCUAUUGCAAAGAGAUCACAAGUUGUGGCUCAUCAACUAAUAUGGAAUAUGCAUACUAAUAUGUAUAUGGACGAAGAAAAACAAGUUAAAGAUCCUGAUUUAUUUGAUGUCCUUGAUGGAUUAGUUAAAUCAAUUGUAGCAUCACUUUCAGGACCUGCUAAACAAUUUUAUGAACGAGAAUUUGAUUUCUUCGAAAAAAUUACCAAUAUUUCUGGUGAAAUCAGGCCUUAUCCUAAAGGUCCUGAAAGAAGAGAAGCUUGUUUGAAAGCUUUACGAAAAAUUACUGUUCAACCAGGAUGCUAUUUACCCUCCAAUCCUGAAGCAAUGGUAAUUGACAUUGAUUAUAAUAGCGGAAGACCUAUGCAAAGUGCAGCAAAAGCACCUUUCUUAGCACGUUUCCGAGUCCAACGUUAUGGAAUUAAAGAACUGGAAAAUAUUGCAAUGGCAGUUUCUGCUAAUGCUAAAGUUGAAACAACUUGUACAGGUCAAGAAAUAUGGCAAGCUGCAAUAUUUAAAGUUGGUGAUGAUGUUCGACAAGAUAUGUUGGCUCUCCAAGUAAUAGGAAUCUUUAAAAAUAUUUUCCAAAAAGUUGGAUUGAAUUUGUUCCUCUUUCCAUACAGAGUUGUUGCCACUGCUCCUGGAUGUGGCGUAAUAGAAUGUGUUCCAAAUGCUGAAUCUCGUGAUCAACUUGGUCGACAAACAGAUUUUGGCAUGUAUGAAUAUUUUCUAGCAAAAUAUGGAGGAGAAACACGAAAAGAAUUCCAAAAUGCUAGACGCAAUUUUAUCAAAUCAAUGGCAGCUUACAGUGUAAUCACAUAUAUUUUACAAAUAAAAGAUAGACACAAUGGAAAUAUAAUGCUUGAUGAUGAGGGACAUAUAAUUCACAUUGAUUUUGGAUUCAUGUUUGAAAGUUCUCCUGGUGGGAAUCUCGGAUUUGAACCUGACAUUAAGCUCACUGAUGAAAUGGUGCUUGUGAUGGGAGGAAAAAUGGAGGCUGCUCCAUUCCGAUGGUUUAUGGAGCUCUGUGUUCAAGCAUUUUUAGCAGUCAGGCCAUAUCAAGAAGCAAUUAUUUCCCUAGUCUCUCUAAUGCUGGACACUGGAUUACCUUGUUUUCGUGGUCAAACAAUUAAAUUACUUCGCAGUAGAUUUGCUCCCUCUGCAACAGAUCGUGAAGCUGCUGCCUUUAUGUUGAAUGUUAUUCGCAGCAGUUUCCUCAAUUUCCGUACCAAGACUUAUGAUAUGAUACAGUAUUAUCAGAAUCAAAUUCCAUAUUAAGUUAAAGGUUCAUCUGUUCGGUGCCAAGAGUUACUUACAUAAACGUUUGUAUAUGUAUAUAAGUAUAAUUAUUAUCGUGAUGGAUAUCACGAAUUUUAUUUCAAAUUCAAUUACAGAAUAAUUAUUAUAAUCACAAUUAUUAUUUAAAAAAUUAUUGACUACAUUAUUUUGAGCUAUAGGUGUAAUUCACGUAUAUUUUAUGCUUUUAAUUAUUACUAAUUUAUGUAUGUAUUAGGUGGAUUUAAAAAAUGAAUUUUAUUCUUUAAUCAUAACUUUAGAAAUUAUUAGGUGAUCUACGAUUAAUAAAUAAUUUAUUUAUGAAAAUUGUUGAAAGAUUGAGGCUAAUAUGUCUACUAUCACCUGAUAAUUUAUUAAUUGAAAAUAACCGU